CCUAACCGUCCUGUCGCUGAGAUCCGGGAAUCUACUCCAGAAAUUUCAAAAAAAAACCGACCAGUCACAAGUGACUCACGUCCCUUCACGCCAUUUUGUAUCUGUCCAAGUCUAUGCGACGCCGAUCUUCACGGAGUCGUGCCCUUCAAGUUCGGGGAAAAGACACCUUCGUAACGGUGCUCUACUGAAAGGCGUUACUACUCGGACAUGCAACUGCAGGCCAUUUCCCUCUCCAAGGACUCGAGGGCUCUAAGGCUCUGACACUCAUAACAAGGCCAAGGGCAACGGGUUGCACGCGGCAAAAUUGACCAUGCCGCCCAAAACUCCAAAGUCUGCUGGCGGAAGAGGCAGAUCUGGAGACGACAACAAGGAGGAACCUCUGCAAGCCGUCGUCGUCGCCGACACUUUCGAAGAUAGAUUCGCCCCAUUCACUCUGGAGAGGCCCAGAUGUUUACUCACUUUGGCCAACACUCCGCUGAUCGAAUACACUCUCGAGUAUCUCGCAAGUGCUGGAGUCCAAGUCGUCUACGUCUAUGCCGGGGCACAUACCGACCAGGUAGAAACCUACAUCGAGGAGUCUCGGUGGAAGUCCUCCAACUCACCCUUUGAGAGCCUGACUCUUCUGAGGUGCAUUGCGAGCUCGGUGGGUGACGUGAUGAGAGAUCUCGACCAAAAACAUUUGAUGGCGGGAGACUUCAUUGUGGUCAGUGGCGACAUAAUCGCCAACUUUCCCCUCGAGAAGGCUUUGCGACAGCACAAGACUCGACGAGAAAAGGACAAAAACGCAAUCAUGACCAUGGUCCUGAGGGAGGCUGAGCCGGGAAUCCAUGACCAUAGUGGCGGAGUAGUGCCGACUUUUGUCAUAGACCCAACCAAGGACAGAUGUCUGCACUACGAGGAAGCAUUUCCAGGUACUCAAUUCACCUCCCACGUGGACCCUGAAGUGUUGAAAACUCCGGAGUUGGAGGUUCGUCAGGACCUGAUCGACUGCCGUAUCGACAUAUGUACGCCGGAUGUCCUCAGCCUGUGGUCGGACAACUUUGACAACCAGUCGCCUCGAAAGGACUUUCUGUUUGGCGUUCUGAAGGACUGGGAACUGAAUGGAAAGACCAUCCACACAUAUAUCGUCAAAGACCAUUACGCCGCCCGAGCAGCAGAUUUCUGGUCCUACAACGCCAUCUCUCAAGAUUUGAAUCAAGGCGUAAUCACAUCAAUUGCAGUAGAAAAUAACGUUUUCGGCGACACACACUACGAUCGAUCGCAGAAUGGAGUCAUUGUGGACAAAAAUGUCAUUGCAGCCAGACCCAUAAAACUCGAAGCAGGCACAAUCGUCGGCCCUGAAACCACCAUAGGCGCAGGGUGCGACAUCAGGAGCGCUGUACUCGGUCAACGGUGUCAUAUCGGCAGGAAUACCAAGAUUGACGCUGCCUACAUCUGGGACGAUGUAUCUGUUGGCAACAAUGUCAAAAUCUCGCGGGCUAUCAUCGGGAACGAGGCUUUCAUAGGUGAUGAUUGCAUCAUUGAAGAGGGCGUCCUGAUAUCUUUCGGCGUUAAGAUCGCCGCUGGCACUACGGUCCGAGCUGGUUCAAGAAUUGUCAAGACACAGCAGGGAGCAGAUGGAGAACUCAAGAAUGACUCCCUCAUUGUGGGUGACGCAGGAGAAGGUCAUGCUUACGUGGAGGAUGAGGAAGACUAUUUGAGUUCUAAACUGUCGAGACUGGUAUAUAACAGACCAGACCUCGCAGACUCGGUAUCUACUCUGGAAUCGGAUAUAUCAGAAGACGAAGUCUCUUCGCUAGGCGGAUCGCGAAGUCAAAGCUUUGGCGAUGAGUCCUCCGACCGGUUUCAGCACGAUACAGUGGCGAUCCUCAUACAACGAAUGCAAGAAGGGAAGCAUGUGGACGACAUGCUCAGCGAAUUGAUGGGUCUGAGGUUCAGUGGAGGGGCAGAUGAGACACAGGUCCGCAAAGCAGUUGCAGUGGCGCUUAUGAGGCACGUCCAUGGGGAAAUUGAGGCUGGAAUGUCCGCGGCAGAUGCGACCAGGCGAAUACUCACGGCAUACAACCCACUGAUUCGAAGAACAGGUGCUGAACAGGCGACCGACGAGCAAGUGUCGUUUCUGCUCGAUGCUCAAAAGGAACUAUCCAAGCGGAAAGAUGGAGGCAAGACCCUUUUGUUCGUUGUCAAAGAUCUCUAUGAUCUUGAGGUGUUUGGCGAAGAAGCCUUCACAGACUGGUGGGCCGAUGAAAGAUCCAACAAUGAACCAGAAAUGGCAGCGGUGAGACAGCCAAGCUCACAGUUUAUCGACUGGCUGGAAAAUGCCGAGAGCGAGAGUGAGAGCGAGGAAGAAGAUGAAUGAGGAUAGGUGAUGGAGGAUGCAACAGCACAGUCCAGGAACAAAUGAAUGUCCUUGGUCGGACAUCGUUGCAUGCCCUUCUCACUGCGAGAGGGUGCACCAGCCUUCCAGGCGUCUGUCUAUCUUGCUCGUGGAAGCAACAUGCCUAUGUAUUCGUGUGGACAUGUGUUAAAUUGCCAGUCUCGGGAACGUGUAGAUCCCUACAUGGUAACGAUCCCAAGAACAGGGCGUGUUUCUGGAGGAGGGUUAUGGACACCUUAGCAGCAAGAGGCGAAAUAGCAGGGAAGAAUACAGAGGAUGAUGAGAGAGGGUCGAGGCUUGCGGUGCCUCAUCACGUGCCACGAAAGAUGGAGUAUGACGACCUGAUCAGUAAUGGCGACCGCCACCCUGCAAACC